CAAGUGCACAAGAUGCUUGCCAGGAUCUUGACUGACUACUUUUAACGGCAGCUAGCAAAGGAAAAAUAAUGACACUUUCUUGACCAACACCUUUUUUAUUCUUUAUGAACUUUUCCACUUCACGUGUGUACUAACUUUUUUGUCGGCUUAUUGUGCCAAGUCGACUUACUGAGGAAAGUUUAUCGGCGAGCGCUCAUGAGCUAGCUUGAGUUGCUAAUAGCCGGGGCUGACAGCCAUUUGUCUGAAAAUGUAGCAACAUUCUUUGCUUAUGUUUUGUCUGUUCCUUCUUUCUUUCGCUCCCGCUUAACAUGUUUCCACGGGUGGACAACGAGAGAGAGGCUUCAGAGCAAGCCAGGCUGCUUUACUAUGGCUAAGCCAACACAAAACUGCUGCUCCGUUGAUGUGAGGAGAACAUCGGCGACUAUGAGCACGGCAGAACCCAAGGACAGAGUCUCGUCCACAAGCGAAGACUCCCUCCCUGGCCUCCACGCCUCCAAAGCCGCCCCGCCUCCCCGUACCCGACCCCUCGGCAAUCUCUACUCAAACCACAGUCAACCCGAGAGAAGCGCCGUCCCAUAUCUGCUGUCGGGCUGCGGCGCCCAAGUGCAGCCUGUGACCGUGGGCUCCGCGGUGGACGAGAGCCGUCCCAACAGUGUCAACUCCUCCUCCGCCUGGUCCAACUCAGUCAACGCCAAAGCCGAAGGAAACCCGGCCACCUCCUCAAGAAUCAUGAGGUUGUUUUCCAGCUCCAGGAAGGGCUCCUUUCCCUCCCAGAGUCCACACACUGACAGCCCCGCCGGGCCUCCUGGACUGGGUGUUGUGCAUUCGUUUAAAAAAUUGCGCUCGUCUGUGCUCCAGGGUAUUCAGAGUCGGGGGGCAACCAGUCGGGAAACUGCUCAUGGCGUAGCUGCCAUAAGCUCUGACCUCCAGCAGGAUGAUGCUGCUGAGUUGAAACUUGCAGAAGCUCACAGCGUGUCCAAUGGAAACUUGAAUUUGCCUGCAAGUCAUUAUAGCUCAGAUAUUGAGGACUACGAUGACGACGACGGCAGUGGCCUUCAGCGGAAUUCCCGCUUCUCCAGGAGUAUCAGGAGAGCGUACGGUGCAGGACGCAUCACUCUGCUUGACAUGGACGAGGAGACCCUGGCAGGAAGUAGCAUUGCUGCUGACAGCAAGAAAGAAACGUCAAAGAUAAACGGGCAGACAGAAAACUCCGGUGUGAACGUGCUGACUAGACUGAGCAAAAGCGCGGACAACCUUCACGUUUUUAAAGCACCUUUCAGACGCAAGGCCACAGCGCAAGCCGUGCCGGCCCCGCAGGAUGCCCCCCAGAGGAUUAGCAUGUCAAACGGGUUCCCAAACAUCCAGAGGACAGCCAGUGCCUCCUCCGUGGACCUCCGAGGACACACUCACAGGAAGAGCACAGUCAAGGUGAAAGGACAGAUGCUGAAGCUCGUCGGCAGCAUGACUGACCUGAGGGUCGUCCGCCGACGAAGCCCCUCCCCCGGACCCGCUCCACACACCCCCAUGACACCCCUGAGCCGUCUCCAUGACGACUACUCUCGGCGUGUACCCUGCCGGGCCGCGAGUGAGCGGCAGCCCCGGCCGUCGCCCGUUAGAGCCCGGGUGGCGUCUGCAGAACACAUCUCGUUGGUUCACGUGCAUCCUCAACGCAACAUCAUCAUCCAGCAGCUCUCCGCCGAGAGCGGCUUUGAAGACGAGUCAUCUCCUGAUGACCAGAAAGACCAAAGUGAAGUCAGCCAGUUUCCAAGCGAGGUGACAUCAGAGGAAGAUCUGCAGCAAGCAGAGAGAGUCUCCCCAGCACCCAGCAGCAGCACCACCCCAAUCUCCCCGGUUUUCCUCCCGGAGUCGCCCGCAUCGCCCACAUCACCCCCAGAUGCAGCUUCCUCUGUCAAGGCCCGGCGAAGGAGCGGGCGCCCCAGACCUCGGCCCAUCUCGGACUACGGGCAGCUCCUCUCCAGGAGGCACUGCAUUCCCGAGGAGGUGGCCGAGCUGAACCCUGACGAAAGGACAGCAAACGCAUCGAUUUACAAUGAAUGCAGCAGGAACGGUGUGUGUGGGAGCAGAGAGAGCGUUGGGAUGUGCAGCAUGAAUGGGAACGUUCCAGGCAGGCAGCAGAGACCCAUGUCUGUGAUGGGGGUGGAGGAUUUGUUCUCCCCCGACACUGACGAGAGCGAGGACCAUCUGCCUUCUCCUCUGUCCCGCCCGCCCAUCCCCUCACACCAGGUGCCCCCCUAUAAGGGAGUCUCUGCCAGGUUUCGCCCCACCAUCCUCUCCCAGAGCACCCCCAUCGGACUGGACCGCAUCGGCAGGUGGAAGCUAAACAGAGUGCUUAGUGAUGGCGUGUCUGAGACGCUGGAUGACAGCGUGAGCGAGGAGGAGGAGGGAAGCUUUGACGAGCUCACUGAUGUCACGCCAUACCUGGGGCCCGGGGUGGAGCUCUCUGUGCUCGUUGAGUGGAUAAGCUCAGGCCACGCGGUGUACGCGGAGGCCCUCUGGGACCAUGUGACUAUGGAAGAGCAGGAGCUGGCCUUCAAGGCCGGAGACGUAAUCCGCAUCCUGGACGCCUCGCACAAGGACUGGUGGUGGGGCGGGCGGCCCGACAAGGAGGCCUGGUUCCCCUCCAGCUUUGUGAGGGUGCGUGUGAACCAGGAGGACUCCAGUGCGGGAAGUGUGGAGAGCAUGGCGGACCCGGAAGACCCGACUCCCAGAGACGCGCACAGUAGCCAGCACCGCCAGCAGAUGAGGACCAAUGUGGUCCAGGAGAUCAUGAACACAGAGCGCAUCUACAUCAAGCACCUGAAAGACAUCUGCGAGGGUUAUAUCCGUCAGUGCCGCAAACACCCGGACAUGUUCACCGAGCUGCAGUUAAGGACCAUCUUCAGCAACAUUGAGGACAUCUACAGGUUCCAGAGGCAGUUCCUUCGUGACCUGGAGAGGAAGUACAACAAAGAGCAGCCGCACCUCAGUGAAAUAGGCUCCUGCUUUCUCAUGCAGGGGGAAGGCUUCUCAAUCUACUCGGAGUACUGCAACACCCACCCGGCAGCCUGCGCAGAGCUGCAGCGCCUUAUGAAGUCUGGCCGAUACAAACACUUCUUUGAGGCGUGCCGCCUCCUGCAGCAGAUGAUUGACAUCUCCAUUGCCGGCUUCUUGCUCACGCCUGUGCAGAAGAUCUGCAAAUACCCCCUGCAGCUGGGGGAGCUGCUCAAGUACACCCCCAAGGACCACAAUGACUACCGUUGUGUGAGCGACGCGUACGAGGCCAUGAAGAACGUGGCUAGUCUGAUAAACGAGAGGAAGAGAAAGCUGGAGAGCGUUGACACCAUUGCUCACUGGAAGGUGUCCAUUCUCCACUGGGAGGGACCCGACGUGCUGAUGCGCAGCUCCGAGCUCAUCCACUCAGGGGAGCUGACACGUGUUCUCCGACAAGGCAAAAUUCAGCAGCGCAGCUUCUUCCUCUUCGACCACCAGCUGGUCUUCUGCAAGAAAGACGUCCUGCGCAGGGACCUCCUCCACUACCGGGGACGGCUUGACAUGGAUCACACUGAGGUGGUGGACGUGCCGGACGGGCGGGACACGGACCUGGGCCUGAGUCUGAGGAACGCCGUGCGGCUGCGUCACGCCUCCACUUUGGAGUUUGUGUGCAUGUUGUGCUGCAGGAAGGCACAGGACAAGGAGAGGUGGCUGCAGGCCUUUGCCGACGAGAGACAGCGAGUCAAGGAGGACCAAGAGAUGGGAAUAGAAAUCAGUGAAGAGCAAAGGAAACAAGCUAUUGCUAAUGCCAGAAGAGCCAAACAGGGCAAGAUCAAAACCGUCAGCUACUCCGGCUCCGUUCCACAGCAUCACCAGAACCUCCCCCCGCUCCACCAGCGCCACAUUACCAUUCCCACCAGCGUGCCUCAGCAGCAGGUCUUCUCUCUGGCCGAGCCCCCCAAGCGAAAGCCUUACCAGCUGCUCUACAGCAUCACCCGCAAUACCUUCUUUAGGAAAUGAGGCUCCACCCCCUCCUAGGUGUGCUAUGAAUGUAGUGAUACGUUUGUUUUUAUUCAUGAGUUGUUGUUGUUGUUGUGAACAGUGCCUUGGAUGAAAACAGGCCACACUAGUGUUAAAAUACUGACUGUGAUGAUGAUGCUGCUCACUCCUUCUUCUUAACCCCUCAUUUAUCUCAUUGAUUCUGUCUCUUUUAUGUUCACUGUGACAGUGAUGUAUAUUCUGCUUUUAUGUUGACAAUUAUUUUAUUUUACAAAGGCUGGACCCUUUUUUGUUUGUUUUCUUUGGACUGUGAGUGUUGCCACCUGUGAGCUGUCUGUUAACGCUGUAAAUAAAACUCUUG